UAGUCGAACUCCACCUCAAGUUCGUCCCAAUUCCAGAACGACCCCGAACGCUCGAAUAAAAAUCCGGCUUUCGCCACCGCCUUAAAAUCCCUACCUAGGACAUAACCGUAAAUUCACCAAAAACAAAGGUACAACGUGGGGAACACACCAUGGCAUCGACAUCCCACCCCCCAAACACAAGGGUUUAUGGAGGGCUUUGCUUUGUCAAAAAUUUCAUUUCUCCCUCUCCAACUUCUUCAUCAAUGGCUCCCUCACUCUCCUCUUAACUACCCAAAAACCCUAACCCCAAACCCCACCCAUCCAAAAAACCCCAACUUUUGCAGAUUCAAUCCGCAGCUCCCCAUGUUGAAGGCCUUAUCGUCCUCAUGCCUACGGGGUCGGUUUCAGUCCGCGCCUUCCGCUCUGCCAUCCCAUCUCCGCCGCCACGGGACUCCGUCGAGAGCGCCGUUCGGCGGAGUCUCGGGGUCGCUCAGGGGAAGGAAAAGCCCUAGCUUGUGCCAGAGGUUGUUUUUCUGUUCGGACUCGACGGAUGGGUCGGACCCGGCUGGGACCGGGGCCGAGUUGAAGAGGGUGGAAGUCGAGGGGGAGGAGGCGGCGGAUUCGAAGCCGUCUUCCGCCAUCGUUCCGACAGUGUUCAGGCCCGAGGAUUGUCUCACGGUUUUGGCGUUGCCUUUGGCUCACAGACCGCUAUUUCCUGGAUUCUACAUGCCAAUGUAUGUGAAGGAUCCUAAAUUACUAGCAGCUUUACAGGAAAGUCGAAAACGGCAAGCCCCAUAUGCUGGAGCUUUCCUUCUUAAGGAUGAGCCGGGGACUGAUCCUAGUGUGACCACAGGUUCAGAUACAGAAAAAAACAUAAAUGAGCUCAAAGGAACAGAGUUGUUUAACCGCCUUAACAAAGUUGGUACACUGGCCCAGAUAACAAGUAUCCAAGGAGACCAGGUAGUCCUUGUUGGUCAUAGAAGACUGCGAAUAACGGAGUUGGUCAGUGAGGAUCCGCUUACAGUCAGAGUUGAUCAUCUCAAGGAUAAACCAUAUGAUAAGGAUGAUGAUGUUGUAAAGGCCACAUCGUUUGAGGUUAUAUCAACCCUCAGGGAUGUUUUGAAGACGAGUUCCCUCUGGAGAGAUCAUGUUCAAACUUACACUCAGCAUAUGGGUGAUUUCAAUUAUUCAAAGUUAGCUGAUUUUGGAGCAGCAAUAUCUGGUGCAAACAAAUUCCAAUGCCAGCAAGUGCUUGAAGAGCUAGAUGUCUAUAAGCGGUUAAAACUUACUCUGGAACUAGUGAAGAAAGAAAUGGAGAUUAGUAAGAUUCAGGAAUCAAUUGCAAAAGCAAUUGAAGAAAAAAUAAGCGGGGAGCAGCGGCGAUACUUGUUGAACGAGCAGCUUAAGGCCAUAAAGAAGGAACUGGGGUUGGAGGCUGAUGACAAAACAGCACUUUCUGGAAAGUUUAGGGAAAGAAUUGAGCCAAAUAAGGAUAAAUGCCCCCCUCAUGUAUUGCAAGUUAUAGAAGAAGAACUGACAAAACUUCAGCUGUUGGAGGCCAGUUCAAGUGAAUUCAAUGUGACACGUAAUUAUCUUGAUUGGUUGACUGCAUUGCCUUGGGGAAAUUACAGCGAUGAGAACUUUGAUGUUCUCCAAGCGCAAAAAAUUCUCGAUGAAGACCAUUAUGGGUUGACUGAUGUCAAAGAAAGGAUAUUGGAAUUUAUAGCAGUCGGAAAGCUCCGAGGGACCUCACAAGGGAAAAUUAUCUGUCUCUCUGGCCCACCUGGAGUUGGAAAAACUAGCAUUGGUCGUUCAAUUGCUCGGGCUUUGAACCGUAAGUUCUACCGAUUUUCAGUUGGAGGAUUGUCCGAUGUUGCUGAAAUCAAGGGGCAUCGUCGAACAUAUAUUGGUGCAAUGCCAGGAAAGAUGGUGCAAUGCCUGAAAAACGUGGGAACAGCUAACCCUCUUGUCCUGAUUGAUGAGAUUGACAAGUUGGGAAGAGGACAUGCAGGUGAUCCGGCAAGUGCUAUGUUGGAACUCCUUGAUCCGGAGCAAAAUGCAAACUUUCUAGACCACUAUCUUGAUGUUCCUAUAGACUUAUCGAAGGUUUUGUUUGUUUGUACAGCGAAUGUUGUGGAAAUGAUACCCAACCCUCUGUUGGAUAGAAUGGAGGUUGUGGCCAUUGCUGGGUACAUCACUGAUGAGAAAAUGCACAUUGCAAGAGAUUAUUUGGAGAAAACUACUCGUGAAGCUUGUGGAAUUAAGCCUGAACAGGUUGAAGUGACUGAUGCUGCUCUCCUUGCUUUGAUAGAAAGUUACUGCCGUGAAGCAGGUGUUCGAAAUCUUCAGAAGCAAAUAGAGAAGAUUUACCGCAAGAUUGCUCUGCAACUUGUGCGAAAGGGAGCAUAUACUGAACCUCCAGCUGCCGGAGACCAGGUUGUGGAAGUUGACGAGGCAAAAACAGAAUCUGUCAGUGACUUGGGUGAGACAGUGGUUGGAGGAGAGACGCAGUUUGUGGCUGAUCCAGUGGACUGUAGCAGUAAUGAAAUGGCUUCUGACACUACAGUUGAAAUAGACCCAAUGGAGAAGGAUCUCACAGUUGACCAAAGUCAACCUGUCACUGACCAGCAUACGGAUUCGCAGGUCAAUAUAGAAACUCAUGAAAAAAGGGAAAAUGAGGCUGCUAAUGUGGUCGAGAAAGUGUUGGUUGACACAUCAAACCUGUCUGAUUUUGUUGGCAAACCUGUUUUCCAUGCGGAACGCAUAUACGACCAGACACCGGCUGGAGUUGUGAUGGGUCUUGCUUGGACUGCUAUGGGUGGUUCUACCCUUUACAUAGAAACUACUCUGGUGGAGCAAAGUGAAGGGAAAGGGGCUUUGCAUGUCACCGGACAACUGGGAGAUGUGAUGAAAGAGAGUACCCAGAUUGCCCACACGGUUGCGAGAGCGAUAUUGAUGGAGAAAGAUCCGGAUAACACUUUCUUUGCCAAUACCAAGCUUCAUCUCCAUGUCCCUGCGGGGGCCACUCCUAAGGACGGGCCUAGUGCUGGUUGCACCAUGAUUACAUCCUUACUUUCUCUUGCCCUGAAGAAGCCUGUCAAGAAGGACCUAGCGAUGACUGGUGAAGUAACCCUAACUGGGAAGAUCCUCCCAAUUGGCGGGGUCAAGGAGAAGACGAUAGCGGCGAGGCGUAGUGAUGUGAAGACCAUUAUAUUUCCUUCAGCCAACAGAAGAGAUUUCGAUGAGCUUGCACCUAAUGUGAAGGAAGGACUCGAGGUUCACUUUGUAGAUGACUACAGUCAAAUAUUUGUCUUGGCUUUUGCCGAUGAAGAGCAAACAGAGAAGUAAGCCACUCUUGCCUCUACUGUUCUUUUGAGGUCUUCAUUUUUCUGGGUUUAGAUUUCUGCUCCAUGACCUACGCAUUGGUUAGGCAGCAUUGUUUUUCCCUUUUUUCGGACAGAAGUUUUCAAAGCAGAGUAGCUGAGGGAGGCCAUAAUUUUUUAUUUUUUGAUAUCCCUGUACCGUUGGAAAUCUUUCCAUUUGUAUCCUAUUUAUUGUGUUAUUAUAUGGGGAGAUAUUCAGAUA